GUCUUUUAAUUUCCUUAAACAAAAAUUCAUGAAAUAUACUUUUUCAAAUUUUAUUCGUUGGUGUUAUGAUUAUGAUCGUGGGUGAAUAUCGAAAUGUGGAUGCUGAAUUCGUGAAUAUUAUAAAUAGUUUAGUUAACUAUACACUUGCUUUCGUUCGUUCGUAAUAAAGUAAAGACACAGAUGUUGAAAUCAUUGCGACAAUUUUUAUUUCAUUAAAACUCAUCAAGCCACCUCACCAAAUUUCGCUUUAAUAAUUUAGUCGCUACGCUACUCAUUACCUUGCUACCCCUACGAUGGCUUCCAACGAGUUUAAAAAUAAAGAUAGUUCCGAAACUCAUACGAUAUUAGAGAAAAUUAAUGCAAUUAAUGAUAGUAUCGUUAAUAAGGCUCCUGACAUUAAGGAUUUUACUAUCAUAAAGCCAAUUAGUCGUGGAGCUUUCGGCAAAGUCUUUUUGGCUCAUAAGAACAGUAACAAAGAGCAAAUGUAUGCCAUAAAAGUAAUGGAAAAAUCUGACAUGAUAAAUAAAAACAUGGUAGCUCAAGUUGUCACUGAAAGAAAUGCACUUGCUUUGUCAAGAAGUCCAUUUUGUGUACAUUUAUUUUAUUGUUUGCAGUCUGCCUCCUCUGUUUACUUAGUAAUGGAAUACAUGGUAGGAGGUGAUUUGAAAUCAUUAUUGGGUGUUUAUGGUUUUCUUGAAGAAUCCAUGGCAGUUUUCUACAUAGCAGAAGUUGCCCUUGCUCUUGACUAUCUGCAUAAGCACAAUAUUGUCCACAGAGAUCUAAAACCUGAUAAUAUGUUAAUAGCAAAGAGUGGACAUGUAAAGUUGACUGAUUUUGGAUUGUCCAAAGUUGGAGUUCAAAGAGAUUUGGAAAUAUCAGACUUUGUGAAUUGUACACCAAGUUUGAAUUUGAGGACUCCCGGCCAGCUGCUAUCAUUGACAUCUCACAUAUCUUUUGGAUCCGGUGGUGCAGAAAGCACACAAACAUCAAUUGUUUCUGUUGAACCCUGUGAGAACCUCCUUGAUGAACUUAAGGAGACUAGUAAGGUGAAUGAUGAUGGUGUUCCCGGAUUGGGAAAUUCACAUAUAAUGGAUCACUCUCAGAUGUCUGGUAUACAUCCAUUUAUGAGUGCUGACAGUAUCACAUUUGAUGAUAUUGUUUCUCAAGAUUCAGGUUCGGAGUCAAUCAGUUCAUAUCACACUUGUGAAAGUUCAAAAAAUAGCAGCAACUCUAGAAGCAAGUCAACUAACACUGAUUCAUCACUGGGAGAAUCUGCAGUGCUGUCAGAUUCGCAGCACAGUACUGAUAAUUCAACCUCACCUCUUUGUAGAGGGCAUUCAUUGAAACGCAUACCAAGUUUCAGAGCAAAGAAAAGAAAGAGAAUUUUGGAUUGUGAAGGAGACACUCCGACGGGCGUCACUAGUCUCGCGGAGUCUAAGGAGAACCACAGUGGGCUAACACAAGAGAUUAUGGGCUUGGAACUCAGUCAGAAUACUCCUAAGCGUCUAGCCUUGCACCCUACUCCUGAUAGACACAAGAAUCCUAUAAAAGGCGUUUUGAAAAAGAGAUGGGUGUCUCAAAAUGAUAGUCAUCAUUUCAAUGCGGGCGUAAUAUUUUCUACCCCAGUCUCCAACAACAAAUCAGAUGCCAAGAAGAGGCACAAAUCCACCCGUUUUAAUCUCCCUAAAGAUGAACAGCCUUUAACGGAGAAAUCGAUAAUGUUCAGCAAACACAAAUCUACUAGUUUAGAAAUAUUUCCUACAAGGAGGCCUAGUAAGGGUGAAAGGUCACCUACAGACCUGUGCAAAACGCCGCUGGCUACAGCGCAGACACCUUACCGCACACCGAAGAGCGUCAGACGAGGCAACCAAAUAUCUGACCAGAGAAUUUUGGGGACACCAGAUUACUUGGCGCCGGAGUUGUUGUUGAAACAAGGACACGGACCAGCUGUAGAUUGGUGGGCACUUGGCGUAUGCCUGUACGAAUUUAUGACGGGUGUGCCGCCAUUUAAUGACGAAACUCCGCAAGCUGUUUUCCAAAAUAUUUUAUCUAGAAAUAUAGAAUGGCCCGAGGCUGAUGAAGCCCUAUCAGUGGAAGCCGUGGGUGCAAUAGAAGCGCUCCUAACAAUGGAACCACAGGAUCGGCCGGCCGCCGAACAACUAAAAGGCAUGCCAUUGUUCCGCAACAUCGAUUGGGAGAACCAGCUGAAUGCGGAACCACCGUUUGUGCCUACCCCAGAUGAUUUGCACGAUACGGGAUAUUUCCAAGCUCGCAACAUCCUUCAGCAACUUCACGUGUCUAACUUUGACAUGUAGAUUUCAUCGUGACCGUAUGUAGAAUAAAAUUAUUUUUAGUUAAUUACUAGACAUUUCAAUGUGUGAUAUUAUAGUUAUGUUAUAAUUAUGUAAUGCCUUGAUCUUAGCCUUUUAAAGUCUUGGUACGCGAUAUAGCAAGCGGACUGAGAAAAGUGGUGCGUUUUUUUAAAGCGGUCGUAUAUUGAGUAGGAUUUUGUAAAAUCUAAAGUGUCCAAUGAUGGAUGGAAAGGUGACUGGUAUAUCCGUUCAGUUUUAUCUAAUAUCUAAUAAUAUCGAAUUAUGCUUUAAUUUGUCACACAAUAGGGAUGAUGACAAGGUCUUAAAACAAUAUUAAUUAUUUAAUAACAUGAUAGAAUACACGUAAUUAAAUACGUUUCUCGAAUUUUUAGUUUUAAUUUUGACGCCCUAAAUGUUUUUUUAUAUUCUUUCAAAGUACGAUGGGAAAGUCCAUUUUAAAAAUUAAAAAUUAUUUAAAAAUAACUAUGCCAGGAGUGAAUAAACAAAAAUAUGGAAUAACUUUUAUUAAGACAUCAUAUUCAUAAACGCAAUAAUAAAGGUAGCUGCCAAACAAAUAAAGUUCAUGACGCGAACAAGAAACUCAGGUGUGACGUCACACUUGAGUAGCGUUUUGCACGGGGCAUUUUGGACUCGUCCAAAUAAUGUGUUACGUCACCUAUUAUAUCUCAGGUAGUUUUUUGUGUAACAAAAAAAAUUGUCAUCAUGCCUAUUAUGUUUCCAAAAUUUAAUUUAUGGAAAUUUUUAAGCUUAACUAUUUCUGUUAUACUUUCCCUACUUACUGUUCGCUUACUAUAUCAAGCAAGUUCUGUGUAAGAAUUAAAGACUGACUAUAAAAAAUGUUUGUAUCUUAGUGUUUUAUGAAUUGUAAAUGGAUGAUAAUUUAAUAUAUUGAACUUAUAAUUCUUCAAUUCACUAUCCGUGUUAAUGUUAUAAAAACGGGAUAUGAAAAUAAAAACUAUAUUGAAACUAAGAAUAUCUUUAUUUCGAAAUCUUAUUUAUAUAUUGGCACAUUUCCAUUUUAAAUGGGAACAUAUUACUGG